GCGACAGGGCGGCUUUCUGCUUGCACUUCCUUCAGGCUGCCUCUCUGCACAAGCCCUUGCCGACGGCCUGGAGUCUCCUUUGCAUGCAGUGUGUGUCCGAGGUGGCCGUGGACGAGCCCCUCGAGCUGGUGGUGGUGGAUCUCAUGGACAUUGCUGCUCCCGACCUCUCGCCUUACGAUCCGGUGAUCGCAAGCCAUAUCCUUCAUUUCGAUGUGCGUCGGCCGCAGGUUUUCCCAGAGGCAGCCCAGCUCGUUGCUUUGUGCCGUGCUUGGCUGCGGACCGCUGCGGAGGAGCUGAUGGGAUUCUACUCGGCCAUCGAGCCCGAGGAGCCAGGCCCAGGUGCAAAGGUUGGGGGGGGGCUGCCUGCCGCAAACCCUCCGAAAGCAAAGGCCAAGAGGGUCACAACGGCUCACCUUGCCGAGCAGCUGCAGUCGCUUCUCCACAUGAUGCCUGCAAUGUCCGAUCAAAUGCAAAGCCUGGCCCAGCAGCAGGAGCUCGAAGCCCGUGUCACGGAGACGCAAUCGGCCCCUCCUCUCCCUCUUCACCGCCAGCCUUUCCAGCUUCCAGUUGCAAAGGGCCCACCUGUGCCUGGCCUAUCUUUGUUUGGAGCGUCCUUGGACCCCCCGCCAAAGAUCAGACAGCCGCCAAGGCUUGCAGCGCCUGCCGAGACCAAUCCCGUGGGUCCGCAGGAUGCCCCAGCUUCUAUCUUGGCCUCCGAGGCUUCAGGCGACUUCAGCGUUGGUUUUGGCGGGUCCACAGGUUUGUCCUCAAAGGGUUCCGCCAAGAGGGAGAAACUCCAGGAGGAGCUGGCUGCAAGCACGGGGGCCUUCAUGCUUGCGGAGAUGAUGCAAGAGCCCCGGUAUCAGCAGCAGAGGGACUUAGGCGUGAUGAUGUUCAUGCUCAGUCAGAUCGCCGAUCAGAUGUUAGCCGGCAACUACCUCGGGGCCAUGGACCGGCUUUCCCUUAUGAUUGUGGCUAUCGAACAGGCGGCGCAAGAUUCGGGAAAGUGGGAGGUCGCCUAUACGCUUUCCCUCUUCCCCGACCCGCCUCACACGAUCUUUCAAGGAAGGUCUACGCCUUACAACCCUCGUGUGCGCGCUUGGGCCCCGUUAUGUCCGGCCUCCUGGGCCACUGUUGCGCUUGCCUACCUCAAGGAAGCGGACUCAAUACUUGCCCGCCGCUCCGAGGCGACUGCAAACGCUCCUCCUCCAAAGGCAACCGACGACGGAGGCGAGCCGCCCAAAAAGCCUCGCCGACCCAGGUUUCCAAAGGCCCCAAAAGCGGACAAGUAG